AUGGAGGUUGUCGAGUCACAUGAAAAGUACUUGGGUUUCCCUACUUAUGUUGGGAGAGCAAAGAUGGAGACUUUUCAGUACAUCAAGGAACGAUUGGCUGCAAAGCUGCAAGGUUGGCAGGGGCGCACUCUUUCUGGGGCAAGAAAGGAUGUUCUUAUUCAGGUAGUAGCUCAAUCUCUACCAACCUAUGCCAUGAGUUGUUUUGAGCUAACAAAAUUUUUAUGUGAUGAUUUACAACAAAUGUGUGUCAAGUUUUGGUGGGGCAGCACUGAUGAACAAUGUAAGAUUCAUUGGAAAAGUUGGAAUUUUCUUUGUUUGCCUAAGGAGGAGGGAGGCCUAGGCUUUCGAGACUUGCAUGCUUUUAAUCAAGCCAUGUUAGCUAAACAAGGAUGGCGUGUUUUGCAAAAUCCUACUUCACUUGUUGCACGUUUGUAUAAGGCCCGUUACUUUCCCACAUGUUCGUUUCUGGAUGCUCCAGAUCAUUCCUCACCUUCUUUUUCUUGGAGGAGUAUUACUGCAACAAGACUAUUACUUCAACAAGGGUGGAGAUGGCAGGUUGGGAAUGGGCAGGAGGUAGCGGUUUGGAGUGAUCCCUGGUUGGCCACGAGGUACCCUUUUUGUCCUAGUCCAGGGUUGUCUGAUAUUGAUCCUACACAGAGGGUUUCAGAUUUGAUUCGUACUCCAGAAGUAUGGAAUGUGGAGUUGGUUAGAUCAUUGUUCUUUGUGGAGGAGGCUGAGGUUAUCCUAGGCCUGGUUCUUAGUGUUAGGGGUGGGGUGGAUCGCAGGGUUUGGCAUAGGGAUCCUAAAGGGCAGUUCACGGUGAAGAGUGCUUGCAGAUUAGCACUACAGAUGAGGGAUAACCAUGCAUAA